ACCAGUGACUAGCGCCGGAGAAGUGCCAGUUCGCAAUAAUUUCUGCAAAAGACGCACACAGCACUAAAUACCAUGCUUAUAAGACUACUGAUCGUUUUGCUUUGUUUAAACUUAGCCAUACUAGUAAAUUCAGACAAGACUGCACCAAGAGUCAAAACUCACUUAGGAAAACUGAAAGGCUAUUAUAAGUUAUCGCAGAAUGGCAGAAAAUACGAGGCAUACGAAGGGAUUCCUUAUGCGUUACCACCUGUUGGAAAAUUAAGAUUCAAGCCUCCUCAACCAACAUCGCGAUGGAUCGGCGAAUUAUCGGCUACGCAAUUCUGUUCUCAGUGCAUUCAAUACACUGAAUUUCCUUACGGUAAAGUCGAGGGUGCCGAAGAUUGCUUGUGUUUAAAUAUUUAUGUACCAGUACGAAACAAGACGGAAAACAAGAUUCCUUUGCCGGUAUUGUUUUGGCUCCACGGUGGCGCUUUCCAAUAUGAUAGUGGCAAGAAUUAUGGAGCCAAAUAUUUGAUGGAUAGAGAUGUCAUACUCGUCACAAUUGACUAUCGAUUGGGACCGAUGGGUUUUCUUAGCACGGAAGAUAAGGUAGUUCCUGGCAAUAUGGGUCUAAAAGAUCAAAAUAUGGCACUUCGCUGGGUAUCCCACAAUAUCAAAUCGUUCGGUGGCGAUCCGAAAGGAAUAACUUUAAUUGGUCACAGUGCUGGUGGUGCAAGUGUGCAAUAUCACUACUUAUCGCCACUGAGCGUGGGGCUCUUCCGAGGAGGAAUGUCGUACAGCGGAACAGCUUUCGAUAUUUGGACGCAAGCUAAAGGUUCUUUAGAGAAAACUAAGAAAUUGAGCGCAUUAAUGGGAUGCCCUACAACUACCUCUAAAGAUAUGAUAAAUUGCUUAAGAUAUCGACCAGCUCGAGAUAUCGUCCAUGCUACACACGCAUUUAUGGUUUUCUUAUAUGAUUUCUUCACUCCUUUCGGACCAGUUGUUGAAAAAGUUGGCAGCCAUGCACCUUUCAUCGAUAAGACACCAAUUGAAAUCGUGAGUAACAGUGAAGUGCAAGAUUUACCUUGGAUUACAAGCGUAGUGAGUCAAGACGGCCUUUUUCCCGUAGCUGAAUUCAUCGCUAACGAUACAGCUCUGAAACGAUUAAACGACAACUGGGAUCAACUCGCUCCUCAAUUCCUAGACUUUUAUUACACCAUCCCAAAAAAGAACCAUGUCGAGGUUGCUCGUGUUAUCAAGGAGCAUUAUUUCGGUAACAAAUCAAUAGAUCAGACAACUACAAGCCAACUGGUACAAAUGGCGAGUGACCGCUUCUUCUAUGUCGACAGUAAAAAGGCUGCGCUAAUGCAAGCCAAAGUAAAUAAGAGUCCAGUCCGGUAUUCUUAUUUCUCGUACAGAGGAAAUCAAAGUUUAAGUGAAUAUAUGAGCGGUACAACUAAUAAUUACGGUGUCUGCCAUGGCGAUGAUAUAGCAUAUAUAUUAGAUACUCCCUGGGUGGAUCCAACAACAACGCAACGAGAUCGCGACAUGCAAAAAGUCUUAAUCGACAAUUGUGUAUCUUUUGCUACAAAUGGAAUUGCAAAAAUGUAUGGUGCAAAUUGGUCGCAAUUAGAACCUUCAGAUAAGGAAUUUCAUUAUUUGCAUAUUGCAAGUCCGACUGAGAUUAACACGGGUAGCAAUGCUGAUUUCGGGGAUGAAACAUUCUGGAAUUCACUUAAGUUUAACGAGAAUGUGUUGACCACGAAACGACUAGAAUCAGAGAAGUGUCGAUUCGUAAUGGUUUCUACAAAAGACAGUACGAUGCUCAAUAUUAUGAUGGUAAAGUUACUGAUCGUUCUGCUUUGUUUAAACUUAGCCAUAUCAGUAAAUUCAAAUGAGACUGCACCAACAGUCAAAACUCCCUCAGGAGCACUGAAAGGCUAUUAUAAGUUAUCGCAGAAUGGCAGAAAAUACGAGGCAUACGAAGGGAUUCCUUAUGCGUUACCACCUAUUGAAAAAUUAAGAUUCAAGCCUCCUCAACCAAUACCAGCAUGGAUUGGCGAGUUACCGGCUACGAAAUUCGGUUCUCCGUGCAUUCAAUAUGCUCAAUUUCCUUACGAUUCUACGGAAAAAGUCGAAGGCGCCGAAGAUUGUUUAUAUUUAAAUAUUUAUGUGCCAGUACAAAACAAAACGGAAAACAACAUUUCUAUGCCAGUAUUGUUUUGGAUCCAUGGUGGCGCUUUUCAGUAUGGUAGCGGUAUGAUUUAUAGAGCCACAUAUUUGAUGAAUAGCGAUGUCAUACUCGUCACAAUUAACUAUCGAUUAGGACCAAUGGGUUUUCUUAGCACGGAAGAUGAAGUAGUUCCUGGCAACAUGGGUCUAAAAGAUCAAAAUAUGGCACUUCGCUGGGUAUCCCAGAAUAUCGAGUCGUUCGGUGGCGAUCCGAACAGAGUAACUUUAUUUGGUGUAAGUGCUGGUGGUGCAAGUGUGCAUUAUCACUACUUAUCGCCAAUGAGUGCGGGACUCUUCCAAGGAGGAAUGUCGUUCAGCGGAACAGCGUUCGAUUGUUGGGCGCAAACUGAGAAUUCUUUAGAGAAAACUAAAAAACUGAGCGCUUUAAUGGGAUGCUCUACAAAUUCCUCUAGAGACAUGAUAGAUUGCUUAAGAUAUCGACCUGUUCGAGAUAUCGUACAGGCUACAAGCGAAUUUAUGCCGUUCUACUUCAAUCCCUUCACUCCUUUCGGACCAGUAAUUGAAAAAGUCAACAAUGAUACUGCUUUCAUCGAUAGGACACCAGUUGAAAUCGUGAAUAACGGUGAUGUACAAGAUAUACCUUGGAUUACAAGCGUAACGAGUGAAGAGGGCCUUUAUCCCGUAGCUGAUUUGAUUGCCAAUGAAAAUCUGAAACAAUUAAACGACAACUGGGAUUUUCUUGGUCCGCAUUUCCUAGAUUUUAAUUACACCAUCCCAAAAGAGAAACAUGUCGAGAUUGGUCGCCUCAUCAAGAAGCAUUAUUUCGAUAAGAAACCAAUAAACCAGACAACUACAAAACAACUGAUACAAAUGGCGAGUGAUCGCUUCUUCAUGGUCGAUAGUGAGAAGGCUGCGCGAAUGCAAGCCAAAGUAAAUCGGAAUCCAGUCUGGUAUUAUUAUUUUGCGUAUAGAGGAAAGCAAAGUUUUAGUGAUUUCUUGAGUGGUACAACUAAUAAUUACGGUGUCUGCCAUGGCGAUGAUACAUUAUAUAUAUUAGAUAUUCCCAGUGUGGAUCCAACAACAACGCAACAAGAUCGCGAUAUGCAAAAGCUCUUAAUCGACUUUUGUAUAUCUUUUGCUACAAAUGGAAUUCCAAACGUGGCUGGUGUAAAAUGGUCGAAAUUAGAUCCUUCAAAAAAGGAAUUUCAGUAUCUGCAUAUUGCUAGCCCUACUGAGAUUAACAUGGAUAGCAAUGAUAAUUUCGGAGAGAAAAAAUUCUGGAAUUUAAUUAAGUUCAAUGAGAAUGUGUUAACUACAUUAAAAACAGAAUAGAAUGAUUUUACAAGG